AUGGCAGCCAUAAAGCCUGAGGAGAUAAGCCACCCACCAAUGGACCAACUUCAAGGCUUAGAGUAUUGUAUAGAUUCAAACCCAUCUUGGGCUGAGACAAUAGCUUUAGGUUUCCAGCAUUACAUUUUGGCCUUAGGAACUGCGGUGAUGAUCCCUUCAUUUCUGGUGCCUGUGAUGGGUGGAAGUGAUGAUGAUAAAGUGAGGGUGGUACAGACCCUCCUUUUUGUUGAAGGAAUUAAUACACUAUUGCAGACACUCUUUGGAACAAGAUUACCAACAGUGAUAGGAGGAUCAUAUGCAUUCAUGGUCCCCAUUAUAUCUAUAAUCCGUGAUCCCUCUUUUGCAAUGAUAGAGGACCCACAUUUGAGAUUUCUAAGCACAAUGAGAGCAGUUCAAGGAGCUUUAAUAGUAGCUUCAAGCAUACAAAUAAUUUUGGGAUUUAGUCAAAUAUGGGCUAUUUGUUCCAGAUUUUUCAGCCCACUUGGAAUGGUUCCAGUAAUAGCCUUAGUUGGUUUUGGACUAUUUGACAGAGGCUUCCUGGUGGUGGGGACUUGCGUUGAAAUUGGAAUUCCCAUGCUAAUCCUAUUUAUAGCCUUCUCUCAGUACUUGAAAAAUUUUCAGAUAAAGCAAGUACCUAUACUAGAGAGAUUUGCUCUACUCAUUUCCACAACAGUGAUAUGGGCAUAUGCACACUUGUUAACAGCAAGUGGAGCAUACAAACACCGCCCAGACUUAACCCAACAUAGUUGCAGGACAGACAGGGCCAACCUCAUCUCUUCUGCUCCAUGGAUAAAGAUUCCAUACCCUCUUGAGUGGGGUGCUCCUACAUUUGAUGCGGGUCAUGCUUUUGGAAUGAUGGCUGCUGUGUUAGUCUCAUUAGUUGAGUCAACUGGGGCAUACAAAGCUGCAUCACGUCUAGCAAGUGCCACACCACCUCCUGCUCACGUGCUGAGUCGUGGUGUUGGUUGGCAGGGAAUUGGAAUCUUGCUGAAUGGCCUUUUUGGAACACUCACUGGUUCUACUGUUUCUGUAGAAAAUGUGGGGCUUCUAGGAAGCAAUCGUAUUGGCAGUAGAAGAGUCAUUCAAGUUUCAGCUGGCUUUAUGAUAUUCUUCUCAAUGUUAGGAAAAUUUGGAGCUCUAUUUGCAUCAAUACCAUUCCCCAUGUUUGCUGCUGUGUACUGUGUUUUGUUUGGUAUUGUGGCAUCUGUGGGGCUAUCAUUUUUGCAAUUCACUAACAUGAACUCAAUGAGGAACCUCUUUAUCUGUGGUGUUUCCCUCUUCUUAGGUUUGUCCAUUCCUGAGUAUUUCAGAGAAUACACUAUCAGGGCCUUUCAUGGCCCUGCUCAUACCAAUGCUGGAUGGUUCAAUGAUUUCCUUAAUACCAUAUUCUUUUCUUCCCCAACGGUUGCAUUGAUUGUUGCUGUGUUUUUGGACAACACUCUUGACUACAAGGAUAGUGCCAAAGACAGGGGAAUGCCAUGGUGGGCAAAGUUUAGAACAUUUAAAGGAGAUAGCCGAAAUGAAGAGUUCUAUACCCUCCCUUUCAACCUCAACCGUUUCUUCCCUCCAUCCUAA